UUUACGGUGAUUCGAUUCGAUAAAGUACUGAGGAAAAAAGGAAAAAGUUUUCACCUUUAGCUGUUUACGUUUYSGGGUAAUUUAGCAAAAUAUUAGCUCUUUAAAAAAUGCUAAGAUAAGCGAGCAUUGAGGUCUGGUUUCAACGAUCRAAAACAAAAUUUUCUGAUGGAGUAACUGAACUGAAACGUCUUCAAAAUGGCUGGAAUAAAUGCACUGAGAAUUUUAACAAUAGUGACGAUCUUUUUGUUAUCUUAUUGCGAAAAGGUYGACAAAAAAUCAGCUAUAGUUGCUCGCCAUCAUACUGAUAAAUGUGCGGACUACGGAGCAGUGUCCAAGAAGUGCCACAUGUGGAAGGACUUAGGCUUUUGCUUUAAGCAUCGUAACGAAAUGCAGUAUGUUUGUAGCAAGACGUGUAAAUUUUGUGAUCCUAGUGUMACUCAUUGGACUUACACUGUCGCACCAGACGAGAAUGCAGAAACAAAGACUAACAUUGCUUAUGCAAAACUGAGUCCCACACUCGAAGUGAUGGGCAAGAAGAAGGCACUUUACCUCUCCAGUAAAGAUAUAGCUGGUAUGCUGCAAACUAUUUCAGACAAGCCAUCGCCUACACCUCAAGAGCUUGCUGUCAUACAAGGCAGAAUUCAAAAGGCUACUCCAACUGCAACUCCUAAAAGAGCAAAUAAAACAUUGGCUCAAAUCCCUCAGGAAAAACCCCUAGCGAACGUUGGAGGAAAGGUUCAACUUCCACCUGUUGAGUUUAUUGAGGAUAAAGACGAUAAAAGCAGUGAAAAAGAUGGAAAAAAUAAUAAGGAAGAUCAGCAAAAUGACAGUGAAAAGGCGCAGGAGAARCUAACAGUUACAGGAAACAAAGAAAUCGAUAGCAAGCUUCUGAAUCUUAUGAGUACUCUUGCUCGUGUCAAUAACGAAAACAAGCCGAAAAGUAAAGAAAAAGAAACCAAAACACAGGAUACAGAAAACAAACCGAAAGAAAAAGAAAAGGAGGUCAAAUCUCAAGAGAAGGACAACAAACCAGAAGAUGGAMAAAAUGCUCAAGACAACAAAGAAAARCCUUCUCAACCUGGGAUACCUCAAAACUUGCAAAUAGCUAUUCCAAAYCUCUUGAAAAUACUGGAGAAAAUAAACGGCAAGUCUGUUACAAAGAGUGAUUCCAAAGCGAAUAAGACAAUUCAACAACAAAGUAAUACUGCAAWUGAAGUUAAGCCACAAAGUGGAAAUAAGGACCAACAGGUUAACGAUAAAACCAAAACACUUCUUGCAGCAAUGAAAUUAGUACAAUCAAUCGGACCUUUGCCUCAGAGUACUCUAAAUAACUCAAAUCUAAUGGAKCAACUCARGGUUGCAGCAGAAGAAGCUAGCGUCGCUAUGAAACUCUUGAACAAAACGGGGAUACCAGACAAAGAAAAGGACAAACCUACAACAGUGACAGAUGGAAACAUGAGCUUCAACGUACAGCUCCUUCGAGAUGAGCUCAAGAAUAGUUUAAUCAAACAACCCAGUGCGUUAGAAGCAGCCCCUAGUACUGAAGGAAAUAAAAACAUCGCUGAUACAAGUGUGGCUUCUAAUCAGCCACAACUCAAUUCGUUUAUCAGUAGCUUGCAAGAUGCCAUAAACGCCCAAAAAGGUCAGCCCAAUGCUGCCACAUCAAUUACCGGUAGAGGAGGYGUAGCCGUUAAGCAAACAGAAGGAAAGCCAACACUGUCCGAGGUCAUUCCAUUUGAUAUUAAAGUCGACAGCAGUGAUGACCGAGCUUCAGUUCGGUCCAAAGACUCCAAAGACUCCAAAGACUCAAAGAAGGAAAAACAGCAGUCUGUUUUUGAAAGCGAUGAACAAAAGAUCAUGAACAUUUUGAACGGUCUGGACCAGAAUAACCCUGGAAAAUACUUCAAUGACGACAAUGGUGAAAGAGAGGUGGUAACGGAAAUACGAUCAGCGUAUGACGAGCUUGGAGAGAUCAUCAACGGGGUCGAACAAGAUGAAAGCGAGAGGAAUGUUAAAGAGGAUGACCAAGGAGAAGAUGGAGAAGGAAAAAAGACAGGAAAAGAYAAAAGCGACGRGGGAAAGAAGAAGAAAAAAGAUAAGGGGAAGAAAAAUAAGAAUGGCGACGACGACGGCGAGGGAGAUGACGAAAGUGAUGGUGACGAUGGAUUCAUCAACGACGAAGAGGAAAACGACGAAAGUCCUCUAAAUGAUUCAGUACGCAAGAAGAAGAAAAAAUCCAAAAAAAGAAAGGAUCAUUUAAACAAAGUCUUGUUGUACAUUAGAAAGGCCGAAGAGCAUCUCAAACUGAUUGGAGGCAAACGYGYAAAAGGCAAGAAGCAACAGCCACAAGAUGCAGAUGCUGAUACUCGUCAAAAGAGUAAAACCGACUGGAAAAUGUUAGCGACCAAACUAGCACGACAACUUGGUCUCGUAUUGAAGAAGAUGGCGGAGAAAGACCAGAAGCUCCUUGCUGAAAAGAAUCGACUUCAAGGAGUUCUUGCGUCUUUGGCUCAAACACAGAGAGACAGUGACACGGCCGAAAGUGAUGAUGGAGAAGAGGAAUCAGACGAUAGUAACGAUGAAGACAGAAGUAAAAUCAUCCACARCAUGGCAACAAAACUACUGAAUUUCAGCAGAACAGUCCAUGAUGCUCAACGCUACAACCAUUUGCGAACGCCCAAGAAAAAGAAAAGAAUUCUUCACAACUUGGUCUCAAGAUACCGAAACUUAGUKGGGAAGAUUUUGACAAACUGGAUGAAGYUAAAAACCAAAGGAAAGAAAAAGAGUGGAAUACCGAAACAAGGAAAGGGGCUCAAAUCAGCGAAACGCGGCGAWAUCGUACGACACAAAGGAAAUAAWACAACAAAUGCCACUCAUGUGAAUGUUGCUCCAAAAACAUUGAAAAUACAACCAGUCAAAACAGAAAAGAAUGAGAAAMGAAAGAGUGUUCCUGGAAAGGCCGCGWCAAAAGCUUCGGUUGUGUCCACCAAAGCUAGUGCUGUGACAGAUGGAGAGCAAGAUGUCAUAGAAGUCGCAAACUAAAGAAAUUGAUGCCGACUGGUUUUUGGAUUAUUAUCUAAAAUGAGGAAAAAAAUUGGAAUUUCAUAAGGCACAUAGCUGAUAUAUGAAAUAAUUCACGUUUCGAAAUAUGGGGGUGAAUUUUGGGAAGACGUUAAUAAAUGGGGCCAAUAUUAGCUGAA